CGGUGCGAGCGGCGCUUGGGCCGGCAGGGGAGGGGCUGAGCUCCGGCCACCGCAGCCGCCCGAGCCCUUGCAGCCUGAUUAUCACAUGACUCGACGGCGGCGGUAGCUGUGGCAGCAGCCGCGCCGGCUCUGCUGGCUCGCCGGGUGGGCUCAGUUCCGCUCACGCAGAAGCCGAGCGCAGAGGGCGGGGAAGGGACCUGCUGCCGUCGCCCAGCCGCUCCCGGAGCGCGCGGCGUCUCUCCGGGCCCCGCCGGCGCGCUCCAUGCCGCUCCGUUGCGGAAGUGUAGCCUGGGGAGGCGGCGGCGGCGGCGGCACGGAGCGCGGGAGGCCGGGGCCCGGCCCCCUGCAGCAUUAGGCUCCGGGAGCCGCGCGGCUCGCCCCAGCGGCCCGGCUGCCCGUGCGCCCGGCGCCCGCCGCAGCCUGCAUGCCCCGCGCUGCGCCUCGUCGGGCCCCCGCUGCCUCCUGCUCGCACCGCUGCUGCAGGACGCCGGAGUAAUAUGCUCACUCGAGUGAAAUCUGCCGUGGCCAAUUUCAUGGGCGGCAUCAUGGCUGGCAGCUCAGGCUCCGAGCACAGCGGCGGCGGCUGUGGAGGCUCGGACCUGCCCCUGCGCUUCCCCUAUGGGCGGCCGGAGUUCCUGGGGCUGUCUCAGGACGAGGUGGAGUGCAGCGCAGACCACAUCGCCCGCCCCAUCCUCAUCCUCAAGGAGACCCGGCGGCUGCCCUGGGCCACUGGCUACGCAGAGGUUAUCAAUGCCGGGAAGAGCACACAUAAUGAAGACCAAGCCAGCUGUGAGGUCCUCACUGUGAAGAAGAAAGCAGGGGCCCUUACCUCAACCCCAAAUAGGAACUCGGCUAAGAGACGGUCCUCCCUUCCCAAUGGGGAGGGGCUGCAACUGAAGGAGAACUCGGAAUCGGAAGGCGUUUCCUGCCACUACUGGUCGCUGUUUGACGGUCACGCAGGGUCCGGGGCCGCGGUGGUGGCCUCCCACCUGCUGCAGCACCAUGUCACGGAGCAGCUGCAGGACAUCGUGGAGAUUCUCAAGAACUCUGCCGUCCUGCCGCCCACGUGCCUGGGCGAGGAGCCCGAGAACACGCCCGCACACAGCCGGACUCUGACCCGCGCGGCCUCGCUCCGCGGAGGCGUGGGGGCGCCCGGCUCCCCCAGCACCCCGCCCUCGCGCUUCUUCACUGAGAAGAAGAUCCCUCACGAGUGCCUGGUCAUCGGGGCGCUGGAAAGUGCGUUUAAGGAAAUGGACCUUCAGAUAGAACGAGAGAGGAGCUCAUAUAAUAUAUCUGGGGGCUGCACGGCGCUCAUCGUGGUUUGCCUUUUGGGGAAGCUGUAUGUGGCAAAUGCUGGCGACAGCAGGGCCAUAAUCAUCAGAAAUGGAGAAAUCAUCCCCAUGUCUUCAGAAUUUACCCCUGAGACUGAGCGCCAGCGACUUCAGUACCUGGCAUUCAUGCAGCCUCACUUGCUGGGAAAUGAGUUCACACAUUUGGAGUUUCCAAGGAGAGUACAGAGAAAGGAGCUUGGAAAGAAGAUGCUCUACAGGGACUUUAAUAUGACAGGCUGGGCAUACAAAACCAUUGAGGAUGAUGACUUGAAGUUUCCCCUUAUAUAUGGAGAAGGCAAGAAGGCCCGAGUAAUGGCAACUAUUGGAGUGACCAGGGGACUUGGGGACCAUGACCUGAAGGUGCAUGACUCCAACAUCUACAUAAAACCAUUCCUGUCUUCAGCUCCAGAGGUAAGAGUCUACGAUCUCUCCAGAUAUGAGCAUGGAGCAGAUGAUGUGCUGAUCUUGGCCACUGAUGGACUCUGGGAUGUUUUAUCAAAUGAAGAAGUGGCAGAAGCCGUCACUCAGUUUCUUCCUAACUGUGACCCAGAUGACCCUCACAGGUACACCCUGGCAGCUCAGGACCUGGUGAUGCGUGCCCGCGGUGUCCUGAAGGACAGAGGAUGGCGGAUAUCUAAUGACCGACUGGGCUCAGGAGACGACAUUUCUGUAUAUGUCAUUCCUUUAAUACAUGGGAACAAACUUUCCUGAAAAUGGCCCAGGGCAUUGGGAGGACAGCAGGGGAGAAAGCUGGGAUACCUCUUAGCAGGAUGGGACUGGGAAGUGCCCCAGCAGAGCUCCAGGGGAUGCAACCUCUUCCCAUCCCAGGUUGGGGGUUUGCUGCCAAAAGUCCUCUGGCUGUACUUCUGGGGGACCCUUAGUUUUCAGUUUCCUCUUCAGUAACAGGUCUGGAUACUCAACAGAGCAAAACAUAAAGGCUGCUACUGAGUGUUGUGUUUCUUUUGGUUCUUUUAAUAGGCCUCCUAGGUGGCCCUUGCCUAUUUGGGGUACACAUGUCGUAUUUAUUUGGAGUAGCUGGCAGCCAUUUUCAGGUGUAACUGGCAGAAGACCCUUCAGCUGGUCAAGCUGCCGGCUUCUCUAUUGGUUAAAAGUACUGCAUUGGAAAGUUGGGGAUCAUGCCUCAGAAAGUGUAAGCACCCACCUUCUAGUAAGCCUGAGACUGAUUUCAGGGAACACCAUCUGUGUGUGUGUGAGUGUGUGUCUUCCUUCUUUCAUGGCUAUGGUGGGGUGAAGCAGGGAUUUUUUUUUUUUUUUCUUUUCAAUAUUCCUUGAAUCUUUAUUGUUUCCCUUCCAUAAAACAGGCCUGGGACUUUCCAGUUCCCUACUGAGGAAUUUGUGUGUCAAAGUCCAGCCCAGGCUGUCCCCAUACCCGGUAGCCCACACCACCCAGGCAGCCUUCUGGAGCAGUGCCCAGGCCGACAGAGUCCUGUCUUUGUUGUGUAACAGUUUGUUCCUGAGUUGCAUUUUUCUGACCAAAUCAGUGUGUUUUCAUGAAAAUAUGGGUGUUUCUUUGGACCAACAGUUCCUCUGUUGUUUUGAAGGAUCUCCCUUUUUGUGGCUUGAGAUUUCUCUGAGAAUCUAGGUUUUCAUUUCUGGAAUAGUUGGCCCUCCCCACCUGCUGUGUCAUGGGGACAUACGUAAAGCAGUGUUUAAGAGAUCAGAACAGGAAGCUCCAUAUAUCAGGUCACCAUACCUCAUGUGAAAACCAUUCCUCCAUUUUGGAUCCAGGUUCCAUGGGCUGUGAUUGUGCCCAAGGCCACUCCACGUCAGUAAGUAUCCAUGUUCUGUCAAGGAGCCACAGUCCUGCUCUCCCCCUUGUCUUUGGGCAAGGCCUACUCUAAAUAGCCACUUGAGAAAAGUGAAUCUGAAUUGGGUUGACUGGUCAUUCUGAUGCUGUGAGCCCCGUUCCUUCCCCUUGGACUCCCAUCCCAUCCCAGCUGAAGCCCCAUUUCCCACCGCUGCUCCACUUCUGAGUUUUCCUCACAAGAGCUGCAGAAGCAGUGGACACCAAGUCUACCUGCUGCUUCUCUCCCAUGAGGAAUCACAAAAUAGAUUUUUUAGAAAUUACUUCUCUUAAGCAGACUACUGCUCUGCACUGGAGGACCCUGUAGAGUGAUGUCCAGUUACUGAGGCUGCUUCCUGAACACCUCCUGUGGCUUCAUUGCCAUCUUGACAGUUUUGUGUAAUUUAAAUGUUCUUCCCACCCAAUGAAGAAAAAUGUCAUUGAUGUGAUUCCCAAAACUGCUGGAGAGCCAAUCCCAGCUCCCAUGUUUGUUGAGUCCCUUCCCCAGAGGAGAGGAAAGGAACCUUUCCUCCAGGAUAGUUCAUCACCUUCCUGGAGUUGUAGAUAUUUUAUUAGGAAAGGUCUGCCUGGAGCCUCUCUACUCAGGAAUGAAUUCAUUCCACAGUGUGGAAAUGAUGCCCUGUCUGGUAGGUAAAGUACCAUGGGAAUUUACCGAGCAGCUGUUUGCCAAAAUGUUGCCUGGGAAGAAUUAGACUACCGCCUUGUCAGGGCUCAUCUUCAUCUGACAGCUUCCCUUCUCCUCCAGAAGAUCUGAGCGACCCUAGAAGGCUCUGUGGGGACAAGUCCAUGUUAAACCAUUUGCUUCUCUGGCAGAAUGAGAUGCUGUGGGACAACAUGCAGGCAUCUCCCAGCAAUGUGGUCCCCCUUCUGUUCCUGCCCUGACUCAAAGUCACAUGCAAAUGGAAACCAAGGAAGUUUUUUGUGGAGGACUCUGACCUCCCUUCUUUGGGAAGCUGUCCUCAUCAGCAUUCACCUCUUUCCCAUGUUCCCAUUGCCUUUCUGUUUUCUCUCCCAGGCUUCUGUGUUGGUCCUGCCUUGAGCUUUUCUACUUUUAUUUGAGCCGCUGGAGUCUGACUUAGGGCGUAGAUGUCAUGAGAGUCUUCUACUCAAUUCACCAAUUCAUGUACUGCCAAGAAAUGUCUCAGGAAAAAUUCUGGAACCCCCUUUUCCAAUUUAUCCUGAAAUCUUGAGCAUUUUGUUUUGCUGGUUUUAGUUAGAAAGGUAUCCAGGAAUUCUUUUCAUAAGCCUCCUUGGUGGAAAGAUCUUAGUAAAAAGCUGAAGCCCUAUUUCUGUUUGUGGGAUAAGAGGAAAAUUACAAAUGAGAUGGAUAAAUCAUAUGUGGAAAAAGUGAUUUGGUAAUGCCCAUAGCAGAUCUACCCAACACUGAUAUUGCUCUGUGAAUUGAGCUCACUCUGUUUGGCUUUAUUUUUCACCCAGGCCUCGUGCCUUCCCAUCUCAGAGCAGUAACUGUGUCUACAUAACAGGGUUGGCCCUAGGAGCAUUCCUGGAGAGGUCAAGAGGCAAGGCAACACACUCAAAAUUCUGAAGAACAUAUUUAUAUGUGGUUCGGAAUUCUUGUGUGUCUGACUUAUAGCCAAAUCUCCUUGUCCUAAUGGCCUCAGAGGAAGUGUUGUUUAAUAAAAAGCUUUCGAUUUCCUAGUCCAGUCUUUAUGGUUGUCUUGGGGCAUGUGUGGCCACUUCCUCUAAUGAAAGGUUCUUUCAGUUCUAAAUCUCUUUGUUGGGCUGGACCCUGCUCUUCGCAAUACCUGGGGACCGUCUUUUCCUUAAAGAGGGCAAAUGCACACUCUGUCCACACUCUGUAGCAUUUUGCCAGGUGACAACCAAACCUUUGUUCUCAUGACACCUGCAGUGAGAGCGUGCCAGUUGGCAGGGAUGGAGGGUCUGUUCUGUGGUGGUUCUGCUUACCUAACUGCCAUUCCUGGUGUGGGAAGGGAGAGGUGGAAAUCAGGCUAGGCCAAGUACUCGGCUGUGGACUAGGAUAAAACCACAAAAGUGGCAAAUUCAGUCCCUUUCUACAACUUGGGGGAAUUGAUCUUUUCAUUCCUAUCAGCUUACCUCUGUGGGGCUGUGCAAAGUCAGCUGUGCUCACCUUUUUCUUACUCCCAAGUAUUCGUUUACUUCUCGACAACAACUACAGCUAUAGGUGGAUAUUGGCAGGCAGGGCGGAGAGUCUCGGGACCCAGAUUGGGCCUCAGAUCUUGGCCAUUCGGGCAGGAUUUUUGGUUUACCAAGAGCACAAGCAUGGAAAUGUGGAAAAAGACUCCCACAUCUUUAGAAUUCUGCUUCUCCUCUAGACUGCACCUCCUUCCUCGUCUGCAAGUCUUUUUUUUUUUUUUUUUCCCAACAUGGCCAAGAGUGGUUUUCCACCACAGUUUUCGGCUCUGACCUUUCCUUAAGUGGCCCAGCAGCACUGCUGUUCUCAGAGGGAAUGUGUUAAACUUUUAUGAGAUUCUAUUUUCAGCAAAUUACCGCUUCUGGGACACUUGGAGAAAGCAGUGAAGAGUCAUUGUCUAUGCAGAGAACAAUCAGGCUGACCCUAAAAUUUACCAGAGCUAAGAAAAGAAGAAAACAGUAUCUGGCCCCAGGACAGGAUCUUCCAUGAGAAACUUGCAGAGUCGUGAGGACUGUCCAUUUGCAGAGAAGCAUAAAAGUCUGCACACUGUGCACGGUCCACCAUGUGGAGCUGGCUCUGGGUGGGUGCGGCUGACGUGGCCGACGAAUACACUGGGAUUCUUCAGAGGACACUAGCGUGCAGCCUCCUGGCCUCUUAGGCGCCCACCGUUGCAGCUCCUUGUCCGAUCUGGUCGCGGGUCUGGGCGCGACUGCUCUUCCUAGUCCGUGAUGUUACAUGUAAAUAGCUUUCAUCUUUCCUCCGUGUCUUAGAUGAAGUCUUGUUCACUAGCAACCAGGUAGACAGUGACCAAAUGAGGCUAUAAACAUGGUGUUUUCUACUGCGACGUACUUGAAGGAGAACCUUGUGCCCCCUACCCCCAAUCUUCCAUAGUAUUUUGUGUUGGGGAGUCCUGAGGUUAUUCUCUUGUUUCUUUUUCAUUUUCUCUGUUUCUUCUGGAGACCCAGGGAGGCCCACAGUGGAGAUCAUUCGUAAGGAAUCAUCACGGUCUGGGUUUCCAAAAGUACCAGAUAUACAGGGGAUGACAGGAAUCUGCCUGAAAAUGGUAUCAGGACCAUGUACCUUUAUGUUUUGUGAUUGUGAAACCUUGACUUUUGUAACCCCCCAAAAUGAAAACUGUUUAGUAAAGGGGAUCUAUUUUAUGUGUUUCGAAAUUUAGGUGCGAUGUUCCCUGGAAAAAGCUAAAGAAAUGUAUAUGCUCAGUGACAUUUUAAAAUAAUAAAAUAUUAUAUAUAU